GGCAGAGUUAGUGAACAUUACCACAACAGCCAUGGCAUCGUCUGCUGGGGACCGACUCGCUGUCAUUAAGAGACAUUUGGUGUGUCAUAAACGGUGCAGAUUACAACAUGAGACACCAGAAGGCUCGGCUGUGGGUAACUGUAGUGAUGAGGCUGUGAGAAAAGGGCGGCAACAUAAAGGAGUUGGGUGGCAGCCAGUAGCGUCCAGGCCGCCCACCCCCACCGCCCCUACUGUACCCAGGAGACGACAAGAGUUACUAAAAUGGAAUGGCUGGGGCUACAAAGACUCAAAGUUCGUGGUGCACAAGGAGAAAGAUUAUUGCAUCGCAUUUACGGGGGAAAGGUACAAAAUUGGUAAUCUGGUAUUGCCUCACUUUGCUGAUUGGGUGAAGAAUACCUUAGGAGUCAAGUUUGAUGACUGUAGCCCACCACAACCACCCCCUGAGCCCCAGGCGUAUCCUGAACCCAUCGUGGAGCAAGAAUUCCUAGAUGAAGUACAAACAUUGGGGAUCACUCAUAGCUUAGAUGGAGAGGACCGUCUCUUCCGGGCUCAUGGUCACACACUGGCUGAGAUAUUUACACUACGAGAAGGAAUGUUCCCAAGAAUCCCGGACUUGGUGGUGUGGCCAAAAAACCACAGUGAGGUAGAGAAACUUGUUGAUCUGGCGUCCAGGAGUCAGGUCGCUCUUAUUCCAUUUGGUGGCGGCACAAGUGUGUCUGGUGCUUUGUUGUGUCCAGAGGAAGAGAGCCGGAUGAUUGUGUCCCUCGAUACAUCACAGAUGUGCCGCAUAUUGUGGUUAGAUGAGAAGAACCUUACAGCAAGGAUAGAGGCAGGGAUAAUUGGACAAGAUCUUGAGAGACAACUUCAAGUCAGAGGUUACACCACAGGGCAUGAACCUGAUUCCUAUGAGUUUUCUAGUCUGGGUGGAUGGGUUGCAACAAGAGCUUCAGGGAUGAAGAAAAACAUCUACGGGAAUAUUGAAGACCUUCUAGUCCAGGUGAAAGUGGCCACACCGAGAGGGACUGUGGAGCGGUACACGGCAGGUCCUCGGGUGUCUGCUGGCCCCGAUGUGCACCACUUUAUUUUAGGGUCUGAAGGCACUCUUGGGGUGAUAACUGAGGUGACAAUGAAGGUGCGACCUAUCCCUGUUGUCAAGCACUACGGCUCCAUUGCCUUCCCAGAUUUUUCCAGCGGUGUUAACUGUAUGAGAGAAGUUGCAUUCCACCGUUGCCAGCCAGCCUCUAUACGCUUAAUGGACAACGAACAGUUUAAAUUUGGUCAUGCCUUGAAGCCCCCGACUGAUUUGAUGGGUCUCCUCACGGAUGGUAUAAAGAAAAUGUAUAUUACACGUAUACGAGGGUUUGACCUGAACACUAUGUGUGUCGCGACUCUCUUGUUUGAAGGUUCUGAACAGGAUGUGGCAUUACAGGAGAAGCGCUUAUACUCCAUAGCACUAAACAACGGAGGUAUCCCAGCCGGUGAAGCAAAUGGCGAGAGAGGCUACAUGUUGACGUUUGUCAUAGCUUACAUAAGGGAUCUCGGGUUUGACUACGGUAUAGUUGCCGAGUCAUUUGAGACCUCUGUUCCGUGGGACCGGGUUUACGCUCUCUGCCAUAAUGUCAAACAUCGCAUCAAGUCUGAGUGUAAAGAAAGAGGGAUUAAACACACCUUCGUUACCUGCCGUGUAACUCAGACCUACGAUGCCGGUGCCUGUGUUUACUUCUACUUUGCGUUCAACUACCGAGGUCUCUCAGAUCCUGUGCAUGUGUAUGAGGAAAUUGAGGGUAACGCACGCAAUGAGAUUCUGGGAUGUGGUGGCAGCAUCUCCCACCAUCACGGUAUAGGGAAGGUGCGACGUCAGUGGAUGAGCCAAACCUUCUCGGAGCCUAGUUUAGGUGCUAUCAAGGCCGUUAAGCAAUAUUUUGAUCCUGAAAAUAUCUUUGCUAAUGGCAAUUUGUUGUAAAGAUUUUUUCGUCGACUAAUAUCCGAUUCCAUUUGUAUUGUUUAUCUUGUUGGUCCUUUGUGUUAAUUUACACUGAAGUGAAAGAAAGGAAGACCGAUAAAUGCCGUCUUAGUUAUUUUGGCAUUUCAUGAAUUUAGAUGAAUUAAAUGCUGUAAAUUUAUAACAUUAGUAAAGGAAUCACAUUUUUUAUAUGUGGUCAUCCCUAACUUUAAACUAUACACAUAUAUGUAUGAUAACUACAAGUGCAAAUAUAAAUUAGAUAUACAGUAUUGAUUUAUUAGAUAUGGAGAACAAUUCUGUAUGCAGAUUUUUGAAAGAUAUGAUGAGUUAUACUGUAUAUAUUUUAUCAGUGAUGGACGACAAGUUUUAAUAGUUUUGAAUAUUCAGUAGUGUGUGUGUGCAGGGUUUUUCUGGUCCAUUUUUUAAUGCAGUUACAUCAAUGUUGACUUUCAUAUAAUGGAUUUGUGAUCAUAUAUAUAGGACUGAGUUUGAUCUGUGCUUAUAAAGCAUAAAAAUAUUUACUGAUACUGUCUUCUGAAACAAAUUCCAGAAGAUGUAAUGUAACAUCAAAAAUACUUCACUAGUGUUGUAGGAGACAACACAUACUUCUUUUACAUUGUUGUUCAGUACAUGUUACUGUACUAGCUCGGUUUUCAAGGAGACAUAUUGACUAGCUGAAAACCACAAGUACCAUUCAUUAAAGGUUUGUUUUGCAUUUAAUUCCAAUUUGAAAUUGGUUAUAGUAUUUUUAUAUUGUGUAGGAAUGCUGUGAGAGGAAAGUUCCUCAACUCAUGACAGGGCUUUUAAAAAUAACAGCAGGGGAGUCUUCUGUUACAAAAUAUGGAACAGUAUUGGCAAUAUUGCCCCCAGCUAUACUAAUUAUUCCUGGAAUUAAGUUAUUAGUUGUAAACAAACUUCAGCAGACACAGUGUAAAAGAUAAGACUUUUCUUAUGAAAACAUUCAAUUUUAUUUUCACAGCCUACAGCUCAUUAUUGAGUGAGAUGUGAGAUAUCUCCUCUAGAAAUUCCUUUAGCAGUGGCUGCCAUGACCAAGGAGCGUCACACAUUCCAGCAGCGGGCUACACUAUUCUCUUGGCCCAUUGACUUGUCCCGUGCUCUCCACCAUAAUAUAAGAUUUCUUGCCCGAGUCCUCCAUUUUCUUUGAUGUCAUUGGUACUUUAGUAUCACGUUAAAUACUUAAGUUUUGACACAUUGAAAUUGGGCUAGAAAAUCCCUGCUGAUACAUAAUUUUCUUGUGGUAAAAGAAGUGUACAGUUUCAGUAUAGUUAUUUGGUAUUUUUUACUUGCAUUAUUUAUACUGUAUGCCAGACAUUUACUACUUAAACUAAAGCCAAGAGAAGGAUAUUGAAACACUUGACCCUCCUGUGUAUUCUCAAAACUGCAGAUACAGUAUAAACUUGAGUGCUAUUAUACAACUGUUUCCUCGUUAGUGUGUAUUUGUACGCAUGAGCUUACGGAUGCACACACAUUCAAACUAUAUACGUACAGGUAUAUGUAAAUUCCAACCUUAAUUUGUGCCUUGAUACUUUGAUGGUAAUCCUUUAUUAAUCAGAAACCAUAUUUAGCAUAAAUAUAACAGAUACAUCAAACAAAUGUAUUUAACAUGGGUAAUACUGUGUACUUUUUUUUUCACAGGUUGCAUGCACUGUUUGAGAGUCUUAGCACCAUAGUACUUGGCAGAGACUUUGUUUUGCAGUUUUAAACAUUUUUUUUUCAUUUGAAUCCUUUUCUCACUAUAAUGCAGGAUGGGUGAAAGCACGUAUAUAUAGACUUUUCUUUCAUUUGCAGUCUUUCAUUCUGUGAUGGCUGUAGCUGAUGUGUUCCACUUUGGUGUUCCCCUUCCAUAAUUUAGUGAGAGUGGGUCCCAGGAGGCUCUUUGGCUGGUACUGCAUUCUACUGCUUUUUUUUAUCUGACUGUAAAGUUAGGUCCCAUUCACAGGUGGGUAGACUAAGGGUUUCCCAUAGCACAAACCAGUGACCCUUAGGACAGGAGGCAAAUGCUGUAUCCACUCAGCCACUGCACCCACAUGUUAGUAAGACAAUUGCUUUUGUUAAACUUGUGCUGGUCUUCAUUUCAUUUUAAUUUGUAUAGAUAUAAAAACAUUUGAAAACAAAGAAGCCACUGACAUCAAGUAUCUGUAUGUAUAUAUUCAGUGAUUGUUUGGCUUAAUUUUUUGGGGGGGAUGUGCAUUCAACUCAUUAUAAAGUCGGGUAAAAGAAACUUGGUUCACUGCCUUUGAUUGCUGUGUUCAGUGUAUAAAGCAUGAAGGUUAUAGGAAGGAUUCAGAGUAACUUUAGUGUCACGUUUUUAAAUGAAACUUGAAGUAGAAAUUUCCAUCUUUUUAUUUAGAUUUCAAUUUAAAUCAAGAAGCUCGUUUUGUACGGUAGUCAUUUUAACAAAACAGAUUGCAUGAUAAUGAUGUGGUCUUCAGAUUAAAUACCUUCAUUCUGUAGAACAUUAUAUAUUAUAUAAAAGGGAUUACAUGUGGGCAGACUUAAUGUACAGUCACCUGCACUUAUACCUCAUACAGUGGCUGGCACGUUUUGUGAGAUUUGGCAACUCUGUGGAAUACUACUUAGUCUGUCUGGCUACUAUUGUGAGGUUCCUUACGGCCAUUCUGAGAGCUUUAGUACUGUACGAUGUAAACAAACACAGAUUUGCCAUGUCUCACAAAAUGUGCCAUCUACUAUACCAGGUAUAAGUGCAAGAAGACUGUACAUAUGGCAUACUGAGGCACAAAGCUGCAUGCACAAAGUCAAGGUUCUCAAUUGCUUCUUGCCAUAAUGUUUUUCUCGGUAACUGGUUUACUGUAUCACUGUAGUUUGAUAUCUUUACCUUUCCAUAUUCUGGUAUAGAGUCUCUUACAAUAAAGAUUCACUAUUUCUAUGUCCUUACCAUUUGUAGUUAUUCAUAGAAUUUACUGUAGGGUGUUGUUUUCUGAUCUCAGUUAUAUAUUUAUUCUUUUAUUGUGGUAGUACAGUGCUAUGAUAGAUUUAGCUGUAGCUGUUGUUUUAAUAUGAUGCUGUGAUUAUAUUGGUUAAUUUGGUAUAAAAAGAUUCCUUUCUGGAUUAGUCUACCUAAGUUGUAAGGUGAGUCAUCUGUAUUGCUUGUGUUUAUGGAGAGAGUCUUAUAUUUUAACUUGUUUAUAUUGGGUAACUUGUCCUCAGAUUGGCUGGCUGUGUUAUGUGUUUCUGUCAUUUGGGUUGGUCAUCAUGGAGGUACGGUGAUAUGAACGAAGGUGCCCUGAUUUGUAUCUGUUUAGAAUACAGGUAUUGAAUUAGGUGACUCAUACAUAAAUUUGCUUUAUUGGUAAAGUCUUCAUUAAAAUUGGUUGCCAUGAGUGAUGAAAUUUUCUGUUGGUGUAAUUAUGUGAGUGUAAUUUUGAACAUAAAUUUAUUUUGCUGUUCUGAUAAUUAUCCCUGUUACAUGUAUACUGUGGGAGGAAACUUGGAAGUGAUGUCCAUGAGUGUUCAUAUCAGACUUGUGAACAUGAUAACUUGAACAAAAAUUAAUUUAUAUGGAAUUUUGUCAAUGGAUACAAUUCAACAAUAUUUGGAGUUUGAUAUAAAAUGUUUUUCCUUUUUAUUUUGGGGGAAUUUUUGGCUAUAUUUGGGUUGUGAAGGGAUUGUGUACUGUACUGUGUUUGGGUUGGUUUCUCUAUAGUGAGGGGGCCUUGAUGUGCUGGCUGUUGUUAGUUUUGUAAUAUGUGUAAUGAAAGAUUAAUUUGUCAUGGUAGUUAAUAAUAAUUUAUUAUUUUUUGCUCAAGAGUUUUAGGGAAGGAGUGUUUAGUGCACUGUGAUUAUUAGUCAUGAUCAUUACAUUGUGUUCUAUUAUUAGGAUGUUAGGACUAAAGUAAAUUUCAAUCCUUAACACAAGAAAUAACAUGGUCUAAUAAUAGCAAUUUUUAAUACAAGUAUAGACUCCAGAUUCUUAAAUUGACAUCGAUACAGUUAACAUCUUGCUUAAUGUAUCUUUGAUCUGUUAUGGGGAGGGAUGCCUUAGUGGACAUGUUUGACAAUGAUAACUACUGUAUGUCGUCUCUCCUUGUGCUGGUUAAGUAUAUACCCAAGGGAAGAUGCACACUUACUGUAAAUGGUAUCUUUACGGAGGGGCCCGAUGUUGUCUCGGUAGGGUUGUCAAAAUCACUCGUCCGUUGUGUCAUAUUAUUUCACACAAAAUCGUAAAGAUACUUUUUGAAGUGUGUGUAUUGUAGUUUUUAUGUUUUAUAUUGUUAAAAUGGGUAACCAUGUCCAGUAUAGUACUACCAUUCAUUUCUGUGUCUCAGUUUUUUUAUGUUGACUUGUUCCUAUCCAUUUCCAUCCUCACAGUUGUCUUUUGUGUGGAAUGUGUAAGAUCUAUCUUUAUCGCUUAAUUGCUAUAACUUACAAUUUAUUUGUAGUAUAAUUAUAUCACUUGGUUUAUAGAAUUGAUUUGAGUGAUAGUCACUUAAGAGGUAUGUAAUUUUUCUUAGUUUAAGUGAAUUAUUGUGGAAUUGCACAAGGCUCUCUAUAUACAGUAUACUAUAUGUGUGCUUACCAUAUUCUGGUAGCAAUUACUGUGCAGUAAUCAGUAGUACAAGUAGUAAAUUUUUGUUACUCUUCAAGUGUAGCAUAUUGUUCGCCUUACUUCUAUGCUUUAAUAUUUGCUUCUUGGGACACAGACAAAAAAGGUUCGUGUUUCAUGUGCUUUGUUGUUGAAGUACUAAGCAGUAGUUUCUUUAUUGCAAAUGCACUGAAAUGGGCAAUGAUUUUCAGUGACGAAGGACUUGAUGGAAAUUUUGCUUUAUUUGCUUUUAUUUUUUUUAUGCAUAGCAGUGUUUCCCUGCUUGUGACACAGGCUGGCCAGGUGGGUGGGUGCUGAUCCCCCACUUCUAAACAACCAUCAACUUAGUUGUUUGUAAGUGUUGUUUUUUCUUCCUUAGCAAGUGCACCGUUUAGUAGUGUAUUGUACAGUACUCAUUGUUUUGCUGAGUGCACAUUGGCCAGUGUACAAGGUUGGAACCCAAUCUUCCACUCUGGCUGGGAAUCAACCUGAGAAUCUUCACUUAUGAGGGAGAUGCUCCACCAUUGGCCUAAGAACCUUUGCUAUUCAUGCAUUUAGUUUUACAUCUUUAUUCUGGUUUCCAUGGAACCAGAAGUUGAAAAGUUGCAUAAAGCCUGACCAAAAUAAAUUGAAAUUAGUUUCUGGAAAAGAAGUAUCUUAACAGAUUAUGGUUGAAAUACUAUAUGUCAUGGAAGUGGCAAUAUAAUCUCCCAUGUUAUCAAUAGUAAAGUCAUUUGAAGUGUGUAUAAUGACAUAAACUGCAUAUUGUAAGUUCAGCAUCACAGGGAACAUUUUGUGUAUUGUAGUAUUUUACUUAAAGUUAUUCAGGAUUUGUUCACAAAGAUGUGAUUUAAUAUAGUAAUGUUAGUCUUUGAACAUUGUUCAUAUUGGACAGGUGUUAAUAUGGUAUUGAAGAAAACAUGUAAGAGAUGGAUCUUUUUAUUCCUGACGUUUCAUCAGAAGACUUUUUCAAACGAAUGAACAUUACAUACUUUGAAAUGUCAGGAAUAAAGCUCCAUCUCUCAGUCAUGUUUCUGUCUUUAUCUUAAUAUACUUCAGUCAUCACAGCAAUAUAUUUCAGGCUAUUCAGAAUUAUACAUUAGUCUUCACAUCAUACAGUUAAGCAUAAAUUUUUAAGGUAAACCAUAUAUGAUUAUAAUUGGUGUUUUAUUUCUCAAAACUACCAGUUCUUUAAAAAAUCAUUAGUUGUCAAUGUUCUAAAAUGUUUAGGGCUGAAGAAAAAAUAAAAUGUUUUGAGUCCCACUGUGACAACAAAUGACUACAACAGCUACUUGAAAUAGCUUUUUAUGUCGUUAUUCUUCAUUUACCACACAGUCAGCAGGAUUACAUAUCCUGAAAAAAAGAAGAUUAAAGGAUCGGCUUUACCGUAAGUAAAAGAUCCAAAAUAGAAUUAAACAAAAAGUCCAAUGGAUUGUGUACAAAGUCACCACAGGCAAGUGGGGUAUGUAUGACAUGCCAAGAUGCAGUCUCCAAUUUUACUGGUAAAGAUUUAUUUAAACUGUUAAAGUCUUCUAAGAAAUUUUUCCCCAGGUAUGUAGUGUAUUAUGCAGCAAAGGUGAAGAAUUACUUGGUUUUCAACCUUAUUACGUAUGUUACUGUCACGACACAUCUUACUCUCGGAGUGUGGUAAGUGACGAUCGUGAAAUGAACAACUGUGAUUAAAUUAUUUGUACCCUGUGAUAUGUGUUGGCAUCACUUUAGAAAUUAUACAUAUUUUAAGAACAUUUCAGUUUUCAUUAGUGUGAAUCUUGUGUUCUUAUACAGGCAUUAACUGACAAGAUGAGUAUUAGCAUAGUGAAUGUUUACUGUCAAUUGUUUUUACCCCUCUCUUGUAUUGAUGUGGGGUGGAUCAAGGGUACAGAAAUGUCAAGGAAUGGGGAAGUGUUAAGGUGAGCAUCAGAACAUACUCUCAGAAAGUACCCAACAUUGUUUUACCGUUUAUUAUCUUUACUCCUCUCCCACUUGUGUGUCGGUGGAUCAAGGGCUACAGAGAUCAAGAAGGAAGCUAUAUAGUACUGUAAUAAGGUAGUAUAGUAGUGUAAAACAUGUAGGGAGUGAACACCAUUGCUCUAAUGUUCCUUGACGUACUUCCCUGAGUGAUUAAGCGUAUGUGGAUGUUUCUAGUUGUUAAGUCGGCAUUUGUAUGUUAGUCUCCAAUCUUCUGUCGUAAUACUCCCAAUAUUCCCUGCCCAAUAUCCUUUGAGGUUUCUGUACUUAUUAAUCCAGCUCACACAAUACAGUAGUGACAGGAGUAAAGACAAUAAAUACAAAGAUAGAUCGUUGGUUCCUAUAACUGGAAUGGUCUGAUUAUCUGUUACUGGCAUUUAUGAUAAUGAAAGGCAAAAGCACAAAGAAUAAGAUUUAAGAAAUUUAAUAAACAGAAUUGUAUUGACUGAUGUUUUGUGGUGAUCUCAUUAAAAUGCUGAUGAUUAUUUUAUUAGAUAUAUAUGGGCUAUGAUGUGAAAAGUAUUGACAUUAGAUAGAUUCUUUGAUACCAAAGUACAGUAUGUAUGCCAAGUAUAUUGAGUAAAGAGUAUUUGUUGUGUUGGAUUGUGUGAAUUAUAUUGUUCUCAGCAAAAUUUUAAUUUGGUCUGAUUAUUGUCCACCAUAAAGUUGUUUUAUUGUACGGUACAAAAUUUGUAUCGACGCUUUUUAUGAAUGAAGAAAUCCUUAAAGGAAUAGUCAAUGAUAAAAAAUUAAUAAAUGAAUGCUAAUAACA